UUUACAAUGGCGGAAGCGCGCCCACCUGGUGACGAUUCCAGUGACGAAGAAUAUGAUUGGAUAAAGGGAAUAGACGACAGUGACGUCACUAUCUUUUACAAUGAAGAUGACGAAUAUAGAAUUCUCAAAACCAUUUUAAACAAUUUUGAUCGGGAAAAUAUAAAAUAUAUUCGUCCUGGUUUCUCUACUCCACUUGGAGCACAUCAGUACAAAAGCAUUGCAAAGGCAAUUCAGAAAAGUCGAAAAACACUUCUAAUCCUAUCAGAGAGCGCAAAGGAAGUAGACUUUUCUUUAGAGACCUAUCUCGCUUUAGAACAAUGUCUGCAGACUGGUCGUUUGUCUCUCAUGGUGCUUCUAAUUGACGGCAUGACUGUCCAAGACUUACCAAAAAUUCCCUUCCUUCAACAAGCAACUCAGAUGGUUUUAGUGGACAAUUAUCAUGAACGUUGUAUGGAAACCGUGUGUCGGACUUUAAAAAGAGAGGUACAAUUAAAUCAACUUCUACCAGCUGGAAACUUCGCUGUUGGGAUGGCCUGGUCACAUUUCGCUGGGUAUUUGAAGUUGAUAUUACCAGAUCUAGCUCAACAGAUAAAGAAGUCUGAUAUUUUCCAAAAUAACCUAGGCAGAAUGUCAACUGUAUUUUUUAUGCUGUGCCCUACAAGUGCAACAGGUCAACGAGACAUCGCCGACGUAGACUCAAACGUUAAAAAUGUAGGAAAAGUCGACUUGGUUAUUAACGGCCGACCAUUUAAUCCUACAAUCUACAAAGUUAAAGGGAGGAAUAAAGAGGGCAAUGAGGAGGAGUAUUUUUGCUGUGCCGAAUAUCCCAGUGCUCUGUGUGCUCUUGGGCUCAUUGCAGACGAAGUACUCAAUCUCCUAACUCCCCGACAGCGCAAAACGGAAGUAGAAAGAUUCAAAUACAAGAUAGAGGAAAUACUGAACCAUAGUCGAAAUGAGGAAUGUAUUGGAAGAGCAAGAGUCCUCAUGUUUGAUGAUGAAGGUAAGGGAGAGAAAAAUACCCCUUCUUACAAUUUGUUUAAUGGUGUCAGAGACGCAAUAGAAGAGACAAUGAUGAAACCACUGAGUGACAGACCAGCAAGUCAUCUGAUACGGUCGACAUCAAAUUGUGCAGUAGAUGUGUGCUUUUUGUACAGUGACAUUGACGCUUUAGAAAACCGGAACUCGGUUCGCAGUAGCCCGGAUAAUAGAACUAUAAAGCAAAUUCGGAUGUUUUUGGAAAAUAAGAAAACUCGAUGCUCUAUUGCACGACCACCCGUUGACUCUCCAGAAGUAAUAGAAGAACGAAUAAAAGAUGCAAGAUGGGUUUGUUGCUUGAUAUCGGUCAAUACAGUCAGAAGAAAAGACUAUAUCGAAUUUUGGUUGGCAGGGUUACUGAACGAUUGUAUCGAAAAAAAUGAGUUGAAAAUCAUUAUUUUACUAAAAGACGUUGAUAGUUCAUUCAUUCCUAACUUUAUUCAAUGGGUGACUUAUAUAGACAUUUCUAACGAGCCCUCUUAUGAAGAAAGGAUAUAUGAGAUCAUCAAAGGUGAUGUUGUAACCUUAAGGUCACAGGUCCCGGCUGGUAACGUGGCUUUUGGAUUGGCCUGGGCAUUUCAUGUUAACUAUCUCAGACAUGUCCUUCCAGAUUUCAACGAGCGACUUGAGAGCAGAAUGGAACAAGACGAUAUUCGAAAAUUUACAGCAAUUAAGAAAAAAUUUAAAGUUUCAAGAAGUCUCCUACAAUUCGUCCCUAAAAGUUGUGAAUUUAAACCAUUAUUAACUAUGGCUGACGACAGAAUACAAGGCCCGUUUGAGGUUAAACCUAUAGUGAAACAAAUGGCUGCUACAAGACGAGUUUUCCCGUGUAAGCUCUACAGAGUAGAGGGUGAAAAUUGUGAUUACUACUUUGCGGGCGAAAUGUUGACACCAGUAAAAGCCCUUGCAGAAAUGCACAAAUCAAUGAUAGCAGGGCUGUCUAAGAAACAGAUGUAUGAUCAGUGUGACUCAUUAGUAGAACAACUUACCGCCAUCUUAGAUUCAGCGGCAACCCCGGAGGAGAUGCAGAAAAAAUGUAGAUGCAUUAAAUAUGACGAUACUAAGCGGAAGUUGUCUGAUGUCAUAAUGGAGGAAAUCGACAAAGAACAAAGUCGUGACCAUGUGGAGAUGUAUGCAAGCUGGUUAAAGAAACAAGAAAAAUAACACAAACUUUAAGUUUUGAUAUCUUAAAAUUAAAUACAUUGUAAGAUG